UCUAUCUCAAGUUUCUUCAUAUUAAAGCUUCAAGCUCGGCAAUGGCGUUGGGGACGUAUUGCCUCGUCGUUUGCCUGAGUGCGGCGUUGAGCGAUGUGGUCUUAGGGAAAGGACCAAACCCUUUUUUACACGAGGGCCGUCGGAAUAGAAGAGAAAUGGUGCCUGCCAUGUUCAUAUUUGGAGAUUCUCUCAUCGACAACGGCAACAACAAUGCCCUACCUUCUUUUGCAAAGGCUAACUAUUUACCUUAUGGGAUUGACUAUAAUGGCGGUCCUACUGGUCGUUUCUCCAAUGGCUAUACCAUGGUUGACGAAGUUGCUAAGCUGCUAGGGCUUCCAUUGAUUCCCGCGUUUUCUGAAGCUUUCGGUGACCAAAUUCUUCAUGGCGUCAACUACGCCUCCGCGGCUUCCGGUAUACUCGACGAAACCGGAGGAAACUUUGUGGGUCGAAUACCAUUUGAUCAACAGAUUCGAAAUUUCCAGAUCACGUUGGAUCAGAUAAUGAUGAAUCUAGGUGCAAUCGAUGUAGCAGAAGCACUGGCUAAAUGCAUUUUCUUUGUAGGAAUAGGAAGCAAUGAUUACCUCAACAACUACCUGAUGCCAAAUUACCCCACCCGAAAUCAGUACAAUGGCCAACAAUAUGCCGAUCACUUGGUUCAAAAAUACACUCAGCAACUCAGGACACUUUACAAUAUGGGAGCACGUAAGUUUGUGGUAACAGGGUUAGGAAGAAUGGGGUGUAUUCCUAGCAUUAUAGCACAAAGCAAUUCGGGACACUGCUCGGAAGAAGUGAACAAGCUGAUGGUACCUUUCAAUGCCAACGUCAAGAAGAUGUUGAACGGGUUUAAUGGUGACCUGCGGGGAGCCAGAUUUAUAUACGUGGACGUGGCUCACAUUUUCGGAGACAUUAUAGCCCACCCUAGAACUUAUGGAUUCAGGGUGGUGAACAAAGGGUGUUGCGGCAUCGGGCGGAACAGAGGCCAAAUAACCUGCCUUCCCUUGCAAACACCCUGCAACAAAAGGGAUGAAUACGUGUUUUGGGAUGCAUUCCAUCCCACCGAGAAGGUCAACAUCUUAAUGGCCAGGAAGGCCUUCAAUGGCGACCGUUCCGUUGUUUCUCCCAUCAACAUUCAGCAGCUUGCCAGACUUUGAUCUUUAACCCAAUCAAACUACCACUGUAUCAGCCACUAUUUGGUUUCUUUUCUUUUACUUCUUUCAUUAUUUCCUCUUUGAUUAGAAAUAAACGCUACUUUUUGGCUUCA